AUGUCCUUUUCAAAGGCCGUUUCGCUUUUGACACUUGCCCUCUCGUCUUUCCAAGGCGCGCAGGCCGCGCUCAAUUUAAAUAACCCAAAUAACAUCGCUGUCUACUGGGGACAGAAUUCAUACGGACAAUCCACCGGUCCCUAUGUUCAGCAGCGUCUAUCAUACUACUGCAGGAACACAGACACAGAUGUGUACCAAAUCUCCUUUCUCACUAGGUUCAAUGGAGUGGGUGGCGCCCCCGAGGUCAACUUCGCAAACGCGGGUGAUAACUGCACUACAUUUGAGGGCACCAACCUCCUAAACUGCCCCCAAAUUGCCGACGAUAUCAAAGAAUGCCAGUCUCUGGGACGGACCAUCCUCCUCUCAAUCGGAGGAGCUACCUACAAUGAGGGUGGCUUCGCCAGUGAGUCGGCCGCUAAGGCCGGUGCCAAAAUGAUCUGGGAGACCUUUGGACCUGUCACCAAUUCCUCGGCAAAACGGCCCUUCGGCGACGCAGUCGUCGACGGUUUUGACUUCGACUUCGAAGCCGUUUCCAACAACAUGCCCGCCUUUGCCAACCAACUGCGUUCCUAUUACGAAACGGACACCUCGAAAAAAUACUACACGACAGCUGCACCCCAGUGCCCGUAUCCGGAUGCAGCGGAUGGCCCAAUGCUGGACGGUACUGUGUACUUCGAUGCUAUUUGGGUCCAGUUCUAUAACAAUUUCUGCGGUCUCCAGUCAUUUGUGCCGGGUAGCACGACUCAAAACAACUUCAAUUUCGAAACAUGGGAUACCUGGGCCCAUAAGACCUCUCUGAACAAGAACGCCAAGGUCUUCGUCGGGAUCCCUGGUAACAGGGGAGCGGCAGGUAGCGGGUACCAACCAGUCGACGUUGUCAGCCAGAUCAUCCAAUACACCAAACGGUUCAGCAGUUUCGGCGGAAUCAUGAUCUGGGAUGCGAGCCAAGUGCAAGCCAACAGCGGUUUCCUUUCCGGCAUCCGGUCUGCGUUGGGUGGCAGUAGUGGUGGCGGCGGAUCUUCCUCGACAAGCUCGACAACCACAACCAGUAAGACAACUUCUUCGACCCCUUCAACCCCGACGACAACUACAAGCACAACCUUAACUAAAACAACAAAGCCCACCACUAGUCCAACGACGACCACGUCAACAGCAUCUCCCCCGUCAACCACCUGCCCGGCUGCCGGACGGACAUGCCCCAGCACCGGAGCCUUCGCUUGUAACGGCAACCAAUUCGGCAUUUGUGACAAUGGAAAGUGGGUGAUGCAGCAGUGCCCAGGUAGCCUUGCCUGUGUUCAGAGUGGAUCGGGUGUGUACUGUGACUUUCCGGGACCGGCUGGCAGUGUCCCUUGCUCUUGA